AUGGAGCGUCUUUUGCGAUCGCUUAUGAUGGGUCAGACCCGCGCGGCCGCUGAUAAUCUGAACCAUCCCGACACCAGUGAAACGGUUAACAUUUCCGCAUUGGCUCUUUUGAAAAUGCUUCGACAUGCCCGUAGUGGAGUCCCACUUGAGGUUAUGGGACUCAUGCUCGGCAACUUUGUUGAUGAAUACACCAUCAAUGUUCUUGAUGUUUUCGCAAUGCCGCAGAGUGGAACUAGCGUUACUGUCGAGUCGGUUGAUCCAGUCUAUCAAACCAAACACAUGGACCUUCUCAAACUUGUCGGAAGGACUGAGAAUGUCGUUGGCUGGUACCAUUCGCAUCCUGGAUUUGGCUGCUGGCUCUCAUCGGUGGAUGUCAACACUCAACAGUCUUUCGAAGCUCUUCAUCCAAGAGCGGUUGCCGUUGUCGUUGAUCCGAUACAGAGCGUUAAGGGAAAGGUUAUGCUUGAUGCGUUCCGUUCGAUUAACCCAUUGAAUCUCCAUAUUCGUCCAUUAGCGCCGACAGCGGAACCGAGACAAACGACGUCAAAUUUGGGAAGUUUGUGCAAACCAUCGCUGAUAUCGGUGAUUCAUGGUUUAGGGACCAAGUAUUACUCGCUGAAUAUCACUUAUCGGUUGACACACCAUGAGCAGAAUAUGUUGAUGUGUCUGAAUAAGAAAAGUUGGUAUGAUCAAUUGAAUCUUCGAUCUGCUACGAAAAUCGAGUCGAUCAACGAGGAGCACUUCAAAGAGAUCAAUAGACUUUUGGGAAUUUUCACAAAGGAUAUUAUUGAAGGCAAAAAAACACAAACUGAAGAGGAUAUUAAGAAAUAUGGAAAAAUCAAUACCAAACAUCGUCUCGAGCAGUUGACAUCAAGCGUUCUUAAUGAGAAUAUUUGUCAUCAAUUGAUGGCUAUGAUCAACACGAAAUCAUUAAACUAA